GUAUAGCUCAGCUGGGAGAGCGUUAGACUGAAGAUCUAAAGGUCGGGUGUUCGAUCCACUCUAGCCGCAAUUUUUUUUUCCCGUUCAUUUGGUGGUAUAUGUAACAAAUGCUCGAUUGAGUCAACAUUGUCAGCGGGAUACCCUUUUUAUCUUUCCUUAUCUUAUAUUACUUUUUCAUUUUACCUCUUUUAUUAAUCAACUAAAUCAACAUCUUCUGUUAAUAAACUCAAAAUUUUGACCGUUUAUUACAAUUGAUGUGUUUUGUGAAGAUAUCAAAUGCCAUUGUUUAUUUCCCCUUGGUACUCAAGCAAGUGCUCUAUUACUCUCGGCUGAUGUUCUUAUAUGUUUUAUUUUUAUGUAGCGUUAUUUAUUUGAUUAUCCUAGCAAACAUAUUUACUAUUCCAUCUAUUCUUUGUCUGUAAAAACGUUUUAUUACCUUCACCCAACGUUCAAACUACAUGGAAAAUACUUGCUCAUUUCAUCAAUUCAUUAUGCUGUUAACAUGUGUAGAGUAGGUAAAGGAGCUUAAGUAAAUAAGAGAAAUAAGUUGAACAGUGAAAUAAGACUCGAGCGAGUAGUAAGCACCAGGUUAUUAGUAACCAACUUAUAUUGUCUUAUGUGUAUUAUAUGAUUUGAUUUAUGAU